UUUCACAAUUUCAGCCACCACCAGAUACAAGUUCUUAUGAGAGAGCUCUCAAAGAACAAGGAAGUGCUGAUGUAGCGUAUGCUCGUCUUAUGUUACUGGGAUCAGCUGGUACUGGCAAGACGUCUCUCAAGCGUUCAUUAAUGGAAGAACCUUUCAAUCCUCAUACUACAAGCACCAUUGUAUCUGAUGUAUCCUCUGUACGACCAUUUGGACACGAGUGGCAAACAAUGAGAGGAAACAAAUGGAGAGAAGCCACAGAAGAAGAUGAAAUUCAGGAACUUGCACAUUUGUUUGAAUCAAGUUGUUCUAGUCUAUCCUCACAUUGUGCAUCUGAAUCUAACACACAAAAUUCUCAAGAUGAAUUAGAAUCUACUAGUUUAAUAGCUUCCUUUCUGAAUGUAGAAAGUCAUAUCCAAUCAGUAUUAAAAAAAGCUGGCUCCACUUCUCAAACACUCACAACAAAGGCACAUGUUCAACCCUUUCUUCAUAUAUGGGAUUGUGGUGGUCAGCCAGUGUUCCUUGAGAUUCUCCCAGCCUUCCUCACUCCUCGUACAAUGUUUCUCCUCCUGUUUGAUGCCUCAAAGGAUUUCAGGGAAAGAUGGCAGUCACGUCAGAAUACUCCUGAUGGAAAAGUGCUGUUUGGUGAGGUAGUGAAUGAAAGUACAAGUGAUUUAAUGGCCAAAUGGAUGUCUACAAUACACAGUCACCUCAUGAAGCACAACAAAGAUGAUACUUCUUCUCCUAAUCUCUACUGUAUUGGCACUCGUGGUGACAAGCUGAAAGCAAAAUGGAAGAGAGAUCAAGUAAAGAAGCAAAUCCAGUCCCUGUAUGAGGAGAAAGAGUUCUCAGAUCUUAUUAAAGAUGUGCUAAUCAUUGAUAAUACAACCUCAGGAAAGGGAGAAAGAGAAGAUUCAAAUAUUGCAAAAUUACGUGAAUCUAUUGAUAGUUUUAUCACUAAGCUAGUCAUCAAAACCCCUAUUAACUGGGUUCUUUUUCGGAAAAUUCUGCAAGAGCUUAAGCUAAAUGUCAUUAGUGUAUCUAUUGCCAUUGCCAUUGGAGCAACAUGUCAUAUACCAGCAGCUGAUGUUCCUGAAGUAUUGAAAUUCUACCAUGAGCUGGGAGCUGUGCUUUACUAUCCUCAAAUAGAAGGACUGGAAGAUAAACUCAUUCUCAGUCCAAAAUGGUUUGUUGAUACUAUUGGGAAGGUGUUCACACUAGAAGGAUGCAAAGAAGGAUGGAGUGGAACAAGAAGAUGGUAUUUGUUACGAAAUGAUGGUAUUCUUGUUCAAUCACUCUAUCAAGAAGUAUGGAGGUCAAGUGGUAUUGAUCCAGAAGAAAUAAUAGAACUUUUAGUUCAUUUUCGUCUUGCAGCUCAAGUUCAAACUGAGCUUUAUGAUAGCAGAUUCAAGCAAUAUUUUCUUCCAGCAGUGCUACAAGGAUACACAGGUGAUCCUAAUGAAGUACGACCUGGUUAUAAGCUAAGAGCCUCACCUGUACACAUUACAUUCUCCACUGGGUAUGUACCUCCUGGCUUCUUCACUCGUUUAGCAACUGCUGUUGCUACUGAUGCCAGUGUUGAGCUCAAUUUUGAAAAUGGUUAUGUUUAUGCAGUACCUGGUUCUGGUUUCUUUGAUCGACUACUGCAUCGGACCUCUAAACUUGAGAUAAAAAGUAUCUAUCGUAAUCGUGUCUGCUUUUCUUAUGGUCGUCCUUCUGAUGAUUUUGUUCUCACUGAUGUUCAUACAGCUAUUCAAGUUGAUGUGUUGCGAUAUGCCCCUGAGAGUAGUCAUCCUGUUUCUCUCAAAUUAGUUUGUCAAAAAAUAUUGAAGAUAUUAGAGGAAUGUUGUCAACAAGUAGAAGACACUCUCAGUCUUUACCAUGGUCAUCAUGCUGAUAGAUCAUCAAGGAAAGUGCAAUAUGUGUGUCAAUGCAGUCCUUUCAGUGAAGUCCAUUACAUUCAAGACAUUGAUGCUGAGAAUCAGACAUGCUCUCAUCCUGUUUACUGCAAAAUGGAAAGAUGCCCUCGCCACCUAAAUGAUGAAGAAUCAGUGUGGUUUAAUGACAAUAUGUUGCAAGAAAGACAACUCCAAGAGAUUCCACCUUUGGAAGAGAUUAUCAUUAAAGAUGAUCAUAAGCCAACAAUUCAUAAAGUUGACUCAACUGCAAUUCACUCCCCCACAAAGACCAGUGAGUCCAAUGAUGAUCAACAUAAAGGCAUAUUGACUAUCAAGAAUCUGGUAGAUAUCAUACGAGUGUUAGAAAAAGGUUACUUUCAGAACAAAAAAUGGUUUGAUCUUGGUCUCUACUUGGGUCUAAUUCAUAAUGAUCUAAAGACAAUUGAGGAUAACUAUCCACGAGAUGCUAAGCGAUGUCUCAGAGAAUGUUUAGCGUUAUGGCUUACAGAUGAUAUUGAAGCAACAUGGGAUAAACUAGCUAUUGCUGUAGGUGAAGUAGGAGAUACAACAGUUGCUGAAUAUAUAAGAUCAACAACAAAAGAGCUUUAAUGGUAUGCCAGGAUUUCAAAUUAAUUAAAACUAUAGUUACAUUGUUAAAUUAGAAUAAAAUUAUUAGUAGUUGCUUUUUUAGUGUGCAAUGCUUAAUCUGCUGGAAUGUAUACAAGAAUAUAGUUCUUAAAUAGUUAUUUUGCCAUUCUUUAUGUAAUUACUGUAAUUAGCUACUUCAUUAUAGUUGAAUUAUAGUUUAUAAGUAGAAUGCUGUUUUAUUCUACCAUGAUGAAGUCA